GGCCUAACUCCGGCUCACCGCGCUCCCACUGUUCCGAAAGGAUUUAAUAUCGGUGAAAAAUGUGACCAUGCAAAAACUUCAAUUAAGACUGGUUCUGCAGUAAGCUCGGUUGUACCGUCUCCGAAGAAAAUACUUUCGAAAGAAGACGAACGUGCAAUGGUUGCCCGCCUUGCUGUUCCUAAGAAAACUGCCCCAACGACGCCAAAGGUAAGCAACAUGCGGACCCACGGACUGAGCUGUGUAAAGGUCCGCAGCCGAUCCAUUUCCGUUUCGCGUCGGCCCACGUCAGCACUUAGCUGUGGCGACGCUCCCACUUCAUCUCGCAUGCUCACGUUCUCUGAUGCAGAUCGUCCCACUUCGGCAGAGCCCACUGCACAGUCAGAACAAAUAAGU